AUGGGAAAGCAUGGAGGUUCGAUGACUGCAGCAGCCAUUUCGAAGCGCAUUAAGGCCAAGGGCUUAGGCCGUUUGCGAUGGUAUUGCCAGAUGUGCGAGAAGCAGUGCCGAGAUGAAAACGGGUUUAAAAAUCAUACCCAAAGCAAUGGGCAUCAGAGACAACUCUCACUGUUUUCGGAGAAUCCACACGAGUACAUCGGGCGUUUUUCGGAGAGCUUUCAAACUGAGUUCUUGCUCGUCCUUCGUAGGAGAUACGGAACGAGCAUGGUUUCGGCUAACACAGUUUAUCAAGAGUACAUCAAAGAUCGCGAUCACCUCCACAUGAACGCCACAAGGUGGACUACGCUUUCAGAUUUUGUCAAGGAAAUGGGCCGGAGUGGCUUGUGUAGAGUUGAGGACAGAGAGGAUGGUUGGUGGAUGUCCUUUGUAGAUAGAAGUGCAGCCGAAAAGGAUAGAAAGGCCAGGGAUAUCGAUAGAAUGCGAGUUGCGGAAGAAGAGAGGGCCGAAAACAUGCUCAAGAAACAGCUUGAGAUGGCGAAGCAUUUGCGGGAAAGGCGGGUAGAUAUGGAAUCACCUUCGCCACAAAAAGAAGUGCAUGUAGAUAGACACGUAUCUGUAGAGAUGGCAAUGCACGAGAAGCGAAGAAAGACUCCUGCUGUCGGAGAGGGAAAUGCGCUGGCCGCUGCAACGAUAGUCAGGCACAAAAAUACCAGUGGACAACUGACUAAACGAAAACCAAGCAGAUUUGGGAAAGCACCAAAGCUAUCAGCACUUGAGGAAAUCAUGCGUGCCGACCAAAAGGAGAUCCAGCGGACGAAAGGAGGAGCUACCCCGCACCCCGGUGGAACGCAAAAUGACGCAAUCAGAUCCAGUCCCGUUGAAGCAAAACGCGCGGGUAAAGCCGACUACGAAAAACCGUGGAUUGUGGAGGGUAUUCUGGUGAAGAUGAUCAACACCGCGGUCGGGAACGGGACUUUUACCGGCAAGAAAGGCAGGAUUAUCGAGGUUAUCGAUAAUUACGGCGCGCAGGUCAAAAUGAUCGACUCUAAAGUCCUAUUAGAAGUCGACCAGGAUGAUCUCCAAACCGUCAUUCCAAAACCUGGCGGGGAAGUCCUCUUGUUGCGAGACCCUCACCGCGGCAAAAAGGCUGUCGUGAAGUCUAUUAAUAUAGAAUCAUUCUCGGUGACUGCAAUUCUUGCGGAAACGGGAGAGGAGAUCCGCAAUAUUGAAUACGAGGCCAUGUCAAGAAUAGCGUAA